AUGAAUUUAAUUGAUUCUUUAUUGAAUGAUUUCUAAUAACUUUUGAAUGAUUAAAAGAAAAAUCAAGUUUAGAAGCCUCUGAUUUAGAGAAUAAUAGAUGAUAUCAAAAAGCAUAAGUCCUUAUAAAAUUUACCAACAUAAGAAAUCAUUGAAAUUUUUGCUAAACUUCCUGAAAGCAAAACUAAUUAAACAUCUGGAAUUGCUCUUAACAUUAUUAUAAAACUAUUCAAUGCAGUUUUAUUGUUUAAAGCAGACAUUCAUCCCUUAUUAUAUUACUUCUAUUUGCUUAAAGAAGAAACAAAUGAAAAUGUGCAAUUAAAAUUGGUACAAUGCAGUGUACAUUUAAUUAAUAAUGAAAUAGUAAAUAUCAAUCAUCCUGAGGACAUAGAGAAACUAAUGUGUAUAUUUUUCACCUUGGUAAUGGCAAAAAGUCCAAUCAUACAAACAACAGCAAUCACAGGUUUGAUGGAAAUCUUAGAUUAUCUGUGUAGACAAUACAGUGAUUAACCUAAUAAAAAUGGAGUUACGAUAUUUGCGCAACUUAUCCAAGGUAUGAAAGGACAGAAGGUCUCUUUCAUAAUAUAGAAUGAGUUUUCUAGAGGAAUCUGUAGAGAUAUGUUAUCUUAGAUCAUAACAAAUUUAGGAUCUUUUAUAAACAAGGAUGAAUAGGUUAGCAAAGUAAUCUAAGAAUUUUCAGCUAUUAUUUAUGAAGAGAUGAGUUUGGAUUCUGCAGAUGUUUAAUUCAAUGCAAGAAGAAUUAGGGAUUCAUUUGGUAUAAUAGUCACCUUACAAAAAGACAUAUCAUUAAUAAAACAUAUCAGUCUACUAUUCACUAGAUCUCCGUCGUAUGGUUAUGUUCGAUAUUGGAUCUUGGAAGGAAUUCUGACUAUACUGCAAGAUCCUAAAUUAGUGAUGCUACUAUCAUAAGGAUCUGUAUAAGAAGAAAAUUAAUAGCAAUAAUCUACUUUGUUAUAACACUUAAUUUUUAUUAUCAAGUUAUCAACAGAAUAGGAACCUUAAUAUACAAUAAAUUAAACUAAUUAAUAAUAGGCAUAUGCAAAAUUUAAGAAUUUGUAUUAAUAAAAUUUACUUAACCUAACAGAAAUUCCAUGUUACAAUAAAGCAUUAUUCAUUAAAAAAUCAGUUGAAUGCAUUUUUCAUUUUACUGAUUCGAUUCUAAAGAUUUAAAAGUUAAAAGGAAUUUUAUUAUUCUGUUAGAAUUACAAAUAAUUUUAAUCAAAAAUAAUAAUAGAUGAAAAUUGCAAGGAGCUUAAUUCAAUAACCGAGUAAGCACAAUAGUUAAUAUUAAAAUCAAUCCAAAACAUAAUCGUAAAUCUGAAUGACGAUACCCAGUAUUAAACUCUUUUAAAUUCUCUAUAAAGUUGGAUUGAGUUAUCUAGUUCUUUAGGUUAAAUUAAAACUAGAGAAGCCUUCAUUAAAUAUUUGAGUAGUCUUUGUAUUGGCAAAUAAAACGCUGCUCUAACAAAGUGUCAGUUAUAAAGUGCAAAAUUCUUAUUCAAAAUUGCACAAAACGAAAAUUUUUUGGAUACUAAGUCCUGGUAUAUAAUUAUGAAGACUAUGCAAUACUUUGAAGAACAAAUUUAAAAAUCAUAAGCCUAAAAUUAAAUUUCAUAAGAAUUACAUCCUGAAGUUAUUUAGUAAGAAAUAACUUUGCUAAACAAUAUCUGCGAAGGUUUAUUCGCAUCUAGUAACUUAUACGAAGAUUCCCAAUUGCUCUAGAUGAUUGAAGCAAUAAAUCAAGUUACCUUGAGUUUAAUGGAGUAGUAUAAUAAUGUUUAGAAUCUAGUUAAUUGCAAGUCCAUUUCAUUUGGAUUGUAAAAGAUUCACUAAAUAACUAAAUAAAAUUGGUUCAGAAUUCAUCAAUUUUGGGACUUUAUCACAGCUCAUUUUAUAUGCAUAGCAAAUUAUAAGCAAAGGGCUUUUAGAGAAACAGCUUUGGAGAUCUUUUCAUAAUUAGUGCAAUAAGGAUUUAUAUAUUUCUUAAGACCAGAUUAAAGUCGUUGUUGGGAAGGAGAUACUUGGUAGUCUCAUUUAUUAAGUCCCAUUCAACAAAUGAUUAAAAUUCCUUAUGCUGAUGUCAAAGAAACUUUGCUAAACAUUAUUUUUAAACUGAUUUAAAAUAAUGGACAUGAAUUGAAUAUUCUAGGAUUUAAUACAAUUAUAGAAAUAUUGUUAAUCAGCUGUGAUGAAACAGAACCGGCUGGAUAUGUAAAUAUUGGAUUUCACAUUUUGGAAUUGUUGAUAGGGUAAUUUAUGCAUUUAUUGGAUCCUAAGACUACCAGAAGACUACUACCAUUAAUUAAGCAAUUUAGAUAAAGAACAACAGAGUAAAAUAUUAGUUAUGUUUCAGUUGGUCUGAUUUGGUAAUUAGCAGAUAACUUAAAUAAGAUCUGUCCAAGUCAGACAUCCCAAACUGAAGUAGAGGAAUUAUGGACUGUUGUUUUAUAGAGUUUGAAGGACUUGUCUUUGGAUAACACUCCAGAUGUUAGAUAAUCAGCUUUACAUAUCAUAAUUUAAAUUAUAUUAAUUAACUGCGGAUCAUUUAAAGUUAACUUUUAAAUUGAUCUACUAAAAAACCUAAUAUUCAAGAUUUUAGAUGAUUUGAUUGGAAGAGUUGCCUAAUUAUAAUAAUUGGAAGGGAUUUUUAAUUCCAAAAUGCCAAAUUAUAUAAAAGAAGAAGAUUAUCCAAAAUUUACUAAAUUCUCUGAGAAGGAUUUAUUAACUUCAACUGUAAAUUAAAAUGAAGUCAUAGCAGCCUGGGAAGAAACUACUAAGAUAAUGAUUCAAAAUUUAACCAAAUUUUUAAAGAAAAUAUCAUAAUUAGAAGAUCAAGAGUUUAAGUAAUAAGCAUAAUAAUUGUACAAUGAAAUAUUCAUAAGAUUAAUAAUUGCAUUUUAAAUUAACAAUUAGGAUUUAAAAUGGGAAAUUGUUCGUUUAAUUAAAGAAAGCACAGAAAUUAUGAUAGAAAAAAACUUGGUUACUUCAUUCGACUGGGCUAAGGAAUUCAUAAUCUGCAUAUAAGAGUUUAUUGGUUAAAAGGUCUAAGAUAAUAGGGAUGUUAAAACAUUAAUAAACAAGAUUUUGCCGGAAGUGUGUGAAUUAUAUGUGUUAUUUCUAAAAGCUCAUAAAAAAGAUUAAAACUCAUUCUCAAAAGAAUUAAUGGACAAUCUAUAUGAAAGUUAUUAAGAAAUUAUUGAUUUGCCAAUAAAUAUCGAAAACACAACUAACAUAAAGAUAUGGAUAGAUGAAAAGUAAUUACAUGAUUACGCUGAAGACUUUUAUGUUUAUCUUAACAGUUAGCAAGAUAAAUCUAAACUCUAUGCUUUUCUAUUACUGAAUCUAAAGAAGGAAGGGGGAAUGACCAAAUUAUAGGACCUGCUCAUUUACAAAUACACCCAAUUGUUAAAUAAAUAUAUCUAAGAAGAAAAAUUAACUGAUCCUUUGUUAAUUAAAUAGUAUUUUGAAAUUUGUCUCAUUUAACUUUCAACUAGAUAAAACCAACAGAAAGUAAAUAAUGUUAAGAGUUAUAAUAAAACCAAUAAACCAAUAUGGGUUCAGGUUCUACCAUAAAUAAUUGAUACUAUUUAUAUUAGCUAAGAAGAAGAGUAUGUCUAACUUUUAUCUGAAUAGCUUACUUUUACUUAGUCAUGGGACAAAAUAAUAAGUAUUGACGGUUUAAGAAGCUGCAUUGAUGUGGAACUACAAAUUUGCGAAUGGCUUCUUUAAUAAGACAUUUUAAAUAGGGAAAUUGUUAAUUAUUGGGAAUUAUUGUCUAGGAAUAUCAAUUUAUAUUAAUUAGAAGAUUUGUUUUACGAAACAAGAUAAAAGUUAUUGAAUAUAGUAUUUAAGAAGUCAAAAAAUUUAUAUACUUUAAAUCAGAUCUGCUAAUCUUUGGUAACCUAAUUUAUGAAGGAUGAAUAUAUGUCAGGAUCAAUGCCUUUAAGUAGAAAGCGAGUGUAAGAAAUUAUUCAAUUGCUAUUGGAAUUAUAAUCAUUAAAAGAUUUGAACUUAGAGCCACACCCACUGCUAUAAGUAUUUGAGUGUUUAGUAGAAUUGAUUACAACAAGAGAAAUUGAUAUUAAAUUGCCUCUAUAAAAUUUAUUUAAGUAAGUGGCAUUAAAGAUCAGAUCGCAAAAAUGA